UUUAGAUUCGCCCUUUGUUAACGUUCGAACCAGCUAGCGGGGCAAUACUAAGACGAUGGCGUUACCGCUAUAGGCUAGCUUGCUGUGGUGGGGGAAAAAAAAACAAAACUAGCCGAAGGAUAAAGUGAAGCCAUGAGUGAGUUCAGGAUACACCAUGAUGUGAACGAGUUGCUCAGCCUCCUUCAUGUCAGAGGAGGUGAUGGGGCCGAGGUGUACAUCGAUUUACUGCAGAAGAACAGGACUUCUUAUGUUACCACCACAGUGUCUGCACACAGUGCUAAGGUGAAGAUCGCAGAGCACUCUAAAACACCCGAGGACUUUUUGAGGAAAUAUGAAGAGCUGAAGUCGAAAAAUGCACGCAACUUGGAUCCUCUGGUUUAUCUUCUCUCAAAGCUGACGGAAGAUAAAGAGACUCUGAAAUUUCUGCAGCAAAAUGCUAAGGAGAGAUCCGAGAUGGCGGCGAACGCGACAUCAAGCAGCACAACGUCCUUCAGUAUUCCCCCAACCAGUAGCAAGAUGUCAAUGCAGGAGCUGGAGGAACUGCGCAAAAAGCUCGGGAAUGUCACAGCCAGCUCCAACGUUCCACAGUCUGCUGAAGUCACUCGCAAGCUGCUAAGAGACAGACACAACAAGAAGAACCCCACACAGCCUAUUCCUGUCUUCCCAAACUGGGUGUAUGACAGACCUGCGCUGAUCGGAGAUUUUAUCACUAGCUCUGCACCAAUGGGAGAUCCAGUCGUGGCUAUCGGUACAAUGCCGCUGACCGUGCAGGAGCAAGCUCUGGUUGAGGACCUGCUGUAUGUACUGAUCGGUGUGGAUGGGAGAGACAUCACAGCACAGCCCGUGCUCGGCAGACAGAGUCGCGCUUUUAUAGUAGACCCUUCUCUGGACAUGUCCAUUAAGGAGCUUGUGAACCGGAUAUUACCUGUGGCGUCCUGUUACUCCACUGUCACCCGCUUCACAGAGGAGAAGUGUUCCUUUGAGUAUGGUCAGGUGAACCACGCGCUCACUGCUGCCAUGAGGACACUGAUGAAGGAGUAUCUCAUCCUGGUGACGCAGCUAGAGCAUCUUCACAGGCAGGGCAUGCUGUCCCUACAGAAGCUCUGGUUCUACAUCCAGCCCACCAUGCGCACCAUCGAGGUUCUGGCCUCCAUCGCCACUUCAGUGGACAAAGGAGCCUGCAUGGGUGGCUCAACGUUAAGUCUACUUCAUGACCGCACCUUUAACUACACUGGGGACAGCCAAGCCCAAGAGCUGUGCCUCUAUCUCACCAAAGCAGCCAGUGUCCCGUACUUUGAAAUGUUGGAGAAAUGGAUCUACCGGGGAAUCAUCAAAGAUCCAUACGGCGAGUUCAUGGUUGAGGAACACGAGCUUCAGAAAGAAAAGAUCCAGGAGGACUAUAACGACAAAUAUUGGGAUCAGAGAUACACCAUUGUGCAGCACAAAAUCCCGUCUUUCCUUCAAAAAAUGGCAGAUAAAAUCCUUAGUACAGGGAAGUACCUGAACGUCGUGAGGGAGUGUGGGCGAGACGUGACCUGUCCGGAUGCGAAGGAGGUUCUGUACACUUUAAAAGAGAGAGCGUAUGUGGAACAAAUUGAAAAAGCCUACAACUAUGCCAGUAAGGUUCUCCUGGACUUUCUCUUGGAGGAGAAGGAGCUGGUGUCACGGCUGAGGUCUAUCAAGCACUACUUUUUGAUGGACAAGGGAGACUUCUUUGUGCACUUCAUGGACCUCACUGAAGAGGAGCUGAAGAAGCCUGUUGAUGACAUUAUCCCUUCUCGCUUAGAAGCACUGCUGGAGCUGGCUCUGAGAACAAGCACGGCCAACACAGACCCCUUCAAAGAUGAUCUAAAGGUUGACCUGAUGCCCCAUGAUGUCAUUACACAGCUACUGCGUGUCUUGGCCAUAGAGACCAAGCAGGAAAAAGCUAUCAUCAACGCCGACCCCACCGAGGUGUCCCUCAGUGGCCUCGAGGCUUUCUCUUUCGACUACAUUGUCAAAUGGCCGCUGUCGCUUAUAAUCAACCGGAAAGCGCUGACAAGGUAUCAGAUGCUCUUCAGACAUAUGUUUUAUUGCAAGCAUGUUGAGAGGCUGCUCUGCAAUGUUUGGAUCAGCAACAAGUCGGCCAAGCAGUACUCCUUACACUCCGCUAAAUGGUUUGCUGGUGCGUUUGCUCUCAGGCAGCGCAUGCUAAACUUUGUCCAGAACAUCCAGUAUUACAUGAUGUUCGAAGUCAUGGAGCCCACAUGGCACAUCAUGGAGAACAACCUGAAAUCGGCGUCCAAUAUUGACGACGUUCUUUGCCAUCACACAAGUUUCUUGGAUAACUGUCUGAAAGACUGCAUGCUGACCAACCCUGAACUGCUGAGGAUUUUUUCCAAGCUCAUGUCCGUGUGCGUCAUGUACACCAACUGCAUGCAACGAUUCACCCAGAGCAUAAGGAUGGACAGUGAGAUAAACCGAUUAAGUCUGGAACAUGGCACCAUGGAAGGUCCUCCAACACAGAGCGAACGCACUGAGGAGGCUGAGAAGAAAAGACUGGCCUCCAAGUUUUUAGCUGAGCACGUGGAUUCGCUGCAGUCAGACUCGGGCUUUGAAGGCACCAUCAGUAAGUUUGACAGUAAUUUCAGCACACUGUUGUUGGACCUGUUGGACAAGCUGAGCAUUUACAGCACCAAUGACUGUGAGCACAGCAUGAUCAACAUCAUCUACAGGCUUGACUUUAACGGGUUCUACACUGAGCGUCUGGAGCGAAUGGCGAUUGAGAGGGGUCAGAAGACUGCCACGUAGCACUCUCCAACACAAGGACCUUCAUAAAGUCCACAUCAAACAGCAAUAAGGGGCUUAAUGGCAUGUUCUGCUCCUUACAGUUGUGUUUAAAAUGAACACCCUAUACCCGUCACGUUACCUAAAAGUCUAUUCAGAAGAGUUUUCCUGUACAUUUAAAUAACAGCUCGGCCGUGGCUGAGUAAUUUGAUGCGUCUUUAUUCAUCCACAGGACAUGUAGCAGCGUUGUGUUGUAAUGUAAUAUAAACAAUUCUUUAAAUUCUAACAAAA